CUGGGGUGUAUGGCCUCUAGUUUCCAAGUUCUUCCUGCCCGUGCUGUUCAGCCCCCACCGCAGCUAUAGACAAAUGACCUAAGUCGUCAGACCUGCAUCCCCACCCUCCGACCAGGGCUGGGAAAAUGAAUCUAACUGGUGUUCUCAGAGCCCUGAGCCUGGGCGGAGCAGGGCAGCAGCUGCUUGAAUUCCAAGGUUUCACACCUGCCUCCUCCACCUCCCUACCCCCACCCGAAGGUUCUAGAACAAAGGUGCUUUGUGUUUUGUACAGAUUGCUUCUACCUCAUCACUGGGUCCUCAGGUCUUAGGCCUCCUGGAAGAGGGAAGGUGUGUGGGGAUAAGAAGCGGGCUCUGCCCCAAAGUGGUCACUCAGUGUGACACCUAAGGCUCUAUAGCAGUGGGCAUGUCCCCAGAGGUACUUCCUGCCUUCCCUGUGCACCGUCCUCUAGAUGCACAGAGAAAACAGCAAUUCAUGGAAGGUCCUUCUCCUUCAGUCUCCAAAAGAUCUGGGCUUUCAGAGACUGCGGAUGUCACUGCAUACGCAGUCCAGCUCUGGCCUCCAAGCUUUCUACCUUGAACUAAUGCAAACACGAAAGACAAGAUCUGGACAAAACAAAACCCACCCCUCUUAGGCGGUAGGUGCAUGAGUGCAUGGCUGUAAUUCCGGCACUGGGGAGGAUGGGGCAGGAGGAUGGCCAGUUUGAGGCCAGCCCCGGUUACAAUAUAAGUUAAAGGUUAGCCAGGCUUUAGGGUUAAGACCCUGUUUCAAACAAAACAAAGCACAAUAUGGGACUGGAAAGAGGCCACAGCCUUGGACAAGUGCUUCCUUGAGUUCGGAUCCCCAGCCCUCAGGUAAAAAGCCCCAGGUGAAGUGGUUUGCUUCCGUUCCCAACCGCGUGUGGGAGGGGUGGGGUGGAGCAAGGAAACAGGAGGAUCCCCCCCCCAGCCCCAAGCUUACAGGACUGCAAGCCUAGCCAAUCAGUGAGCUCCGGGAUUCAGCGAGAGACCCUGUCGCAAAAAAUAAGGUGGAGAGGGAUAAAGUGAGACCUCUGCCCCAUGACAACUCGUACGAGCACGUACACAUACAUACAAACCAAACCAAAAACCUCAAAACAAAAACUGCUUAGUGGAAUAGGUCCCCUCUGCCACCCUCUCUCAGCGCAGAGAGAUACAAAAGGAAGCUUUGGCUAACCUGGAGCGCACAAGAACGCACAAAGGGUUAACACGAGUUGGCACUGGGUGGAGAGGCGGAGACGAGUUUUCAUUGGUGGAAAGUUAUCCAGGGAUGUGGUCUAAGAGUCUCCACACCCCACCUCCUUUCCGUACCCCCCCCCCCCCGACUUUUGUACCUAGUCUCGCCGGGACAGAGAAGCGGGCCGGGACCAGCCGGGCCAGAUCAGACUGGACCCCAGGGGCGAUGCGGCUGCUGCCCCUGCUGCGGACUGUCCUCUGGGCCGCGCUGCUCGGCUCGCGCCUGCGGGGGUGCUCCAGCCUCCGCCACCCUGUCUACUGGAACUCCUCUAACCCCAGGCUGCUUCGUGGAGAUGCUGUGGUGGAGCUGGGCCUCAACGAUUACCUAGACAUCUUCUGCCCACAUUAUGAAAGCCCAGGGCCGCCGGAGGGCCCUGAAACCUUUACUUUAUACAUGGUGGACUGGUCAGGCUACAAGGCCUGCAAGGCAGAGGGGGCAAGCGCCUUCCAGCGCUGGAAGUGCUCGCUGCCUUUUGCCCCUUUCGGCCCCGUUCGAUUCUCAGAAAAGAUCCAGCGUUUCACACCCUUCUCCCUGGGCUUCGAGUUCUUGCCUGGAGAGACAUACUACUACAUCUCGGUGCCAACCCCGGAGAGUUCUGGCCGGUGCUUGAGACUGCAGGUGUCUGUGUGCUGCAAGGGGAGCGGAUCCGAGUCAGCCCACCCUGUUGGGAGCCCUGGAGAAAGUGGCACAUCUGGGUGGCGCGGAGAGCAUGCCCCCAGCCCCCUGUCUCUCUUGCUGCUGCUGCUGCUCCCAAUACUUCGUCUCCUGCGAGUUCUGUGAGCCAAGUGUAUCUUCCCUGUCACCCCAAGGAACCAGAGCCCUUCCCAAGAUCCUCUGCUGAAGGGUUUUUGCCACCAUACCGGAGAUGCCGUGCCAGGCAGACACGAUGAAGCUUUGAUGUGCAAAGUCAGAGGAUCUGAGGUGACCCUCGUAGGUGACUGCCCCUUACCACAGGCUGAAGAGGAACUACAAGGGAGCUGCAGACUGUCCAGGGCCCCCUGGAGCAUCGCUGCUUUGAUGGUCUUGUCUCUUCCCCCAGAAGACUGGGAUUUGGUGAGAUCAAAUCCUUGAGCCACUGGGGGCCCAAAGCCAAAGACCUGUGAACAGGUGGGUUCCUGGCCAAGAGCGAGGGAGAAGCCAUGCUAUCUGUCCCCUCUAGGUGUCUUCCCAGGGGCAACUGUUGCCCUCCCAGGGGCCAUUUAUUUGUCUUCUGUGAAGACGGACUUGCCAUGAGGUUGAAUUUCAUGCUGGUUUGUAUUUUUUAUAAGUGUUUGGACCAAUAAAUCACCCAUUCUCAUGGGG